AUGACACAACCGCAGACUCAGCUUCUCAACCCGAUCGUUGUCCUACUUCUUUUCCUCAUCCUUCAAAAACUCUCGAACAUCCUCAUAAGCUUCUUUACCCAAAUAUGUGACAUGGGAUUUUAUGUUCUCGCGAUCUGGACAGUUAUUACAGGUGUGAAAUAUAUCGCCCAUCAGAUAUCCACAACUUCGCACGUGGACCCCCAUCCUUCUGCAUCAUCCUCAGAGAUGGAACAACCACCCGCUGUUCGUAGAGACUUCUCGGGAGAGACUCUAGCUGAAGAACUUUCAACAUGUGAAGCAGCAACACCACAGCUGAUGGGCAUGGCGCCCGAAAUAGACUUUGAUCAGUAUCACUGUGAGAAUCAUCCACCUUUCAGCCUCGAGCUGCAAGCCCCUCAACCUCUCACAGAGGAGCAAACUCAAAUAGCAGAAAAGUCAAAGUCGAUAUGCCUUCCUUGCUUGGUGGAGCUUGGCGUGUCGUUUGCCCAUAUAGUAGGGCCAAAAUCGACUUCCGAGGCAGUGGAUACUGACAGUGUCAUACACAACGAUAAUAAGGCAAUUAAAGAUGAUCAACCGCUUAUUGAACUAGGUGACACAAAGGAGCAACAAGUUGAUUGCCCAGAAGCUGCCCUUCAAUUGGACGAAGAAACGGAUGUACCACUUGAGACCUCGAACAAGGUUCUUAGGUUGGACAACGAACAAAACGCGGGGCACACCGAUCAAGACGAUGCUGCACUACUGCAGACCGACUCAUCUUCUGACCGCUCAGACUUUCAUACUUCACCCCAGGCUCAACACAAAAAGUCUUCCCAAGAUCAUACGGCUGACACAUCAGAGAGUUCGACAAAAUCUGUCGAUAUGAUCCCUCAACCCGAUGCAGUCAACACGACUGAAAUUCCUACAAAGAAUCAGAAUGCAAAUACCGAUCCUUCGUGCCCAGCGCCUGAGGGAAAGCAACCAUUCGAACAGUCUCUACCGAGCGUGGAAGAGACAUCUCGCGAGAUCGAGAUGAACAACGAUACAUCCCCACAAGAGCAAUACAUGACAGAACAGCCUUUAAAGGAAGGCUCCGAGCCCAGUCAGAACGAAGCAUUCGACGAGAGAAAUUCGCUCAACAACAUCGGCCAACCUACGGAGCAGACAGAACUCCUCACAGCCAAGUCAGGCCCGGCACCGUCCGAGCUGUUCGAGCCCAUGGAGACAGCUACGGAAGCGGCUGAUGAGGAUGCUCUUACUGAUACAAAAGUAGUCACGCCGACUACGGAGCCAUCACAAGCUGUCUUCAAUGCAGCUGUCGAUCAUGAUGGUCUCGCAAAUGCUGAUAUCUCCGACAGCGAACGAAACUCUGCCCACGACCAAACGAGGAUUGACCAAGAGACACCAGAGAAUCUUUCGGGUGCCACAAAUAGAGAUGUUUCAUCCAAGACAGAUGAGAAGAAGGAAGAUCACAAUUCCCUGGCAGAAAUUUCAGCCGAAGACUUCUUCGUCCCAGUCAAAGAUGAUGGGCAAAACUUGAAUCAUAUCCUCCUGGCUGGUACAGAAGACCAAAAGCGAAAUGCUAUUGUAAAUCUUCCAGGGCAGCCAGCUGAGGAUAACACGGACGUGACGAUGAAGGGAGUCGCUGAGGCUCCAGAGGAUCCCGCCACCACUGACGACGCUGCUAUGAUCGGCGCUGGGAUCCAAGACGAGACCACAUUAUCUCAACAGGCAAAAUUACCAGAAGAGGUUCACACCGAGGCUCAUAAGAGCGUCGAAGCCAGCCCGGACAAGCCUUCGAUGGUGGAGGAGAACGAGAGCAAGAAAACCGAGAAACCCCAAAUACAGCCUCCGAAGACCAAGAAAGAUACCAACAAAGCCACGAAGCGGACAUUGCUUUCUUUGUCGCGUGGAACCAUCCUUGAAGAGAAGUUUACUCUGAAGCCGGACCAAAAAACAAUGGAUAGGGUAAACAAGCAGCUUGCCGAGGCUAAUGCAGGCAACCUGUUCAUUUCUAUCAAGGAUCAGGAUGAGGGACUUGGUCACAUCUUCUUCCCACUCAUGUCUCAGGAGUCCGAAGACGGAGCCAUUGAAUCCUCCGGCUACAAGGAUACCCUUCAAGAGAAUGUGAUUGUGGCUCAGGAAGAGGAGCAGGGUGACACCGAGGCCAAGGCUGAGGAACAGCAUGGUCCAGAAGCACCGCUAUCUGCAAUUGAAUCGACGAUGGAACAUACGCAGGAGCCGCUGAGUCAAGCGAAUGAGUUCUGCUUCUUUGUCCCAAUCGAAGACAAUGAAGAUGGCUUAGGUCACGUGUUUCCAUCUCUCAGUCAUGCGACGAGUGAUGCGGCAGCGAAUGCCGAUGAUGCUGACCAGAAUGACCGUAAUAAUCAAGACGAUGACGCUCAAGCUGAUCUCACUGCGUUUGGUUAUCAGACAGCAGAUAAAGCUGUCCAUGAUGAGGUCAUCAAGGAUUCUGCGACAAUCCCGAAGGGUGACGAAACUCAAGGAGAGGCUGAUGACGCAUCUGCAGGUGCAAAAGCUAAUGAGAAAGAGCAGACAAUUUUGGAAGACAUCGGGCAUGAGUCGAAAGUCGAGGAGAGCGAGAUCAACCGCACAGGCACACACGACGAUACAACCCGACAUAUCGUACAAUGUGAACCUUUAGGAGGGACGUUGAUCGAGCUGGAAGAUAUCUCGGAGAAUGCUAGUGAGGAGCAACCGCAGCACGCUCUGAUAGAAGAUGCAGAGCCCGAACAAGUCCAAAUCACCGUCCCUGAUUCUAGUGCACCUCAACACGCGGUCGUCGAAGCCAUCGCAACGGAUUUGGGCAAAGAGUCUAAGCAACCCACGACCAAAAGCACCAUCGACAAUGACAAGCCCGCAAUACUCGGUGAAGAUGCUCCUGCAUCAAAGCAAGAGGCUCACUCAACAAAGCAAGUAGAAGAUGAGGAGCAAGCGAAGCCUCAUGAAGGAGCCCAAGAUGUUGGCGAAGCACAGUCCGCCAGCUCAUCAUCAACUGAAACUGGCGAUACUGUAGUACCAGACCCAAAGCUCGUAGAGCGACACCGUGAAGAGAUCAGACAAUUGAUCUCCACUUUCCCCUCGGAGCAGGAGCGUAGUAGACUGCGCGGAAUUGUUAUGGGGCUCCUGCACAAGAAGUGGCCCCUGGAAAAUAUCGUAGCCUCUCUCACUAAGCGCAAGGAGAUGAGCAAGAAGAUAUUCGACCACAUUCCGGUCACACCUCCCUCUUCGCCUCCUCCAUCCUCCUCCGAUUUCGCACAGCUCGACCCUAGGUCUCCGCCAAAGAUAGACUUUGCUGGAGGUGAGAAAGUGGCAUUUCGUUCCGGGAGUACGUCGCCGCUGAGUUCACCUCCUAGCUCGCCUUCACCGUCUACCAAGAAGAGUUUGGGAAUAUUUCCAGAGGUGGAUGACGCAGAGGGCCGACUUGACAAGCACCCUUCGCUAGUCAAGAAGAUUGGCAAGGUCGGUGACUCCGAGGGUGAGAGCUAUGCUCCACUCAUUGAAGGAAUGGAGGAACGCAAGCAACAGGCCGACAAGGCGACACCGUCUAAAAAGGCCAAGAAAAACAAGAAGAAUAAGAAGAAGGGUAGAAAGACUACGGCUUCUGAACCUGAACUUGCAGUCGCAGCUGAAGUAGCAGCUGAGCCCAGCGCUGGAGCACCAGCUAAGACAGAAGUUGAUGGAAAGACCACCGAGCCCGCCCUUCCUGGAAAGGAAGAUGAAAAGGCCAGCGAGCCUGAACCAGCGAAGCAGAUAGAGUCACCUCGCAUCGCGUGGGACGAAGAGGUGGAGGAAGAAAUUGCAAAGAAGCAAGAAUUAGAAGAACCACAGAUCGAAGGUGAAAAGACCACCUCCACCCCAUCCACCACGCCGAUUACGCUACAACCCUUACAAAAAGGCAAGAGCAAGCAAAAUACCACCUCCGAAUCAAAGGAGCAAACCGGGGGAAACGCCGGGGAAAAAGCAUUGACGAAGAAAGAGCUACGCGCGCUGGAGAAGAAACAGGCGAAGCGGGCGAGGCAGGGGAGGGAGAGGGCUGAGAGGAGUAAGGGAGGUGUGUAG